GGCUUCCAAAGAACACACUAUAAAAAUAUUCUCGAUUCCGAUAAAUUCGACGUUCGAAUCGAAAAAUCCCCUGUAUACGAUGAGCUAAAAAUUCGUCAAAAUUUAUACGUCAAAAUAUUUGUAUCGUAAAUUUCAUAAAUUACAUUAUGGAUAUACUAGAAAUUUUUCGCAUGCAAGAACCAGUACUAGAACCAUUCCUCAUGAAAUCCGAAGAGGCCAAUCCAUCAGUUAGUAAAUUCCUGUACAAAAACAAAAUCUUUGACCAAUCGCUAUUAGAGAUUUUUCGAACUCAAGAACCCGUGUCGAAGGGGCUGCUGACUAAAAAGGACGAGAUCGAUCAAUUCAAAGAGGUGCUCCAAGAGAAGGAAGUCGUCAUUAAAAAUAAUGUAGCGAAAAUCAAAGAGUUGGAGCAAGAGGUAUCGGAAUUGAAGGAAACGAACCAAUCGUUAGAAUGCCAAUUGAAAUCCGGCGGCCCAUUGGACAAAAACGACUAUCGAGACAUCAUGCAAAACUACGACGAUUUCAUCAAAAAAGCGGCGAAGGAACGCGAGCAACUCGUCGAUAAAAACUCCGUUUUGGAAAAUUACAUACAAAACUUGGAGCUGUCCUACAACGGCCUGUUGGAACGGUACGAAAAAGCCAAAGAGAUCAUAUUCAAUUUGAAAUACAACCAGGACCUGUUGAAGGAGGAGCUCGAAGAAUACAGGGAAAUCGUAGAGAAGUGGGAACAGAAGUACGACGAUCUGAAAGCCCAUUCGAAAACCGCUAUAGCCGAUGCUAACGUGGAAUUAGGCGCUAGGGAAAAAGUCAAUGUCGAAGAAGUGGCUAAAUUAAAGUCGAAAAUUUUACAACGGCAAGCGAAAAUCAAUGAAUUAGAGAAGAAAUUAAAAAACGACGCUAGACCUUCCAUAUACGCUCCGUUACGGAAUAAAAUUUCUCAUCAUAAAUAAAUAGCUUUACAC